AUGAAAAGCAAGCUCUGGAAUGUCAUUGGUGGCCUCACUUCUCACAGCUCCGUCCACAUAGCUCACAUUUUGAACACCUACAAGAUUCCACAGCUCAGUUAUGGCUCCUUUGACCCAGUUCUGAGUGAUAAAAGGCAGUUCCCAUCCUUCUUCAGCAUGGUUCCCAAUGAAAAUGAACAAUAUGAGGGGAUUGUUCAUUUACUGAAACAUUUUGGAUGGAACUGGAUUGGUCUUUUAAUAUCAGACAAUGAAAGUGGGGAAGCCUUUCUUCGAAAUCUCCAGCCAAAGCUCUUGAAGAACGAUAUUUGCAUUGCUUUGAGGAAAUUGGUCCCAGUAUUCAAAACUGUCAGAUUAAGUGAAGAUAUUUAUACACGACUAAAAGACAUAGCGUUUGCUAUUUUAUUGUCUAAAACGAAUGUGUUGCUUGUUUCUGGAGAUAUGCAAUCCAUGCUCAUCUUUUGGAAUCUGAUUAAUCUUAUUUUUAUUCUUCCCUCAAUCCAGCUUCAUCACUUUCUUAGACACGUCCGUUUUAAUAACAGUGCAGGCGAUGAAAUCUUUUUUGAUGACAAGGGAAACUUUGACCCUGGAUAUGAUAUCCAAAACCUGGUCACAUUCCCUAAUAAUUCCUUCAAGAGAGUCCAGGUUGGAAGAAUAGACUCCAGAGCCCCUGGUGGGAAAAAGUUCGUCAUUAAUGAAGAUGCCAUUCACUGGAAUCACAAAUUUGAGCAGGUACCUCCUUAUUCCAGAUGUGUUGAAAGGUGCCCCCAGGGAUUCAUGAAAGUUGUUCAAGAAGAAGCACAAAUUUGUUGCUACAAUUGCACUAAGUGCCCUGAAGGAAGAAUUUCAGUCCAAAUUGAUGCAGACCAAUGUGAGAAAUGCCCAGAAGAUCAGUAUUCAAAUGCAGGAAGAGAGCAGUGCCUUCCCAAAAGUUUCAGUUAUUUAUCCUACAGUGAACCCUUGGGGGCCACACUGACUUCCUUGACUCUUUUCUUUUCAGGAAUCCUCAUUUUAGUGGCAGUGACUUUCAUUCUGCACUGGGAGACUUCCAUUGUCAAAGCCAAUAACAGGAACAUCACCUGCAUCCUUCUAUCCUCUCUCCUGCUUUGUUUUCUCUGCCCACUGCUGUUUAUUGGCUGGCCUGGGGAGGUGACUUGCUUUCUCAGGCAAACAAUAUUUGGCACUGUUUUCUCCAUUUCUAUUUCCUGCAUCUUGGCCAAAACCAUCACGGUAGUUCUGGCCUUCAUGGCCUCUAAGCCAGGAAACCAGAUGAGGAAGUGGUUAGGAAGAAGACUGGCAGGAUCCAUCAUUGUCAUCUGCUCCUUCAUUCAAGUUGUUAUUUGUAUAGUGUGGUGGGUCACAUUUCCUCCCUUCCCUGAGUUUGACAUGCAAUCCCAGAUGGAUAAGAUUAUUGCGCAAUGUAAUGAAGGCUCAGAUUUCAUGUUUUAUAUUGUCCUGGCUUAUUUGGGACUUUUGGCCAGUAUCAGUUUUACUGUGGCUUUCUUUGCAAGGAAAUUGCCUGAUACCUUUAAUGAAGCCAAGCUGAUCACCUUUAGCAUGCUUGUGUUCUGUAGCGUUUGGGUGUCCUUCAUCCCAGCUUAUUUUAGCACCAGAGGGAAAUAUAUGGUGGCUGUGGAGAUCUUCUCCAUCUUGGCCUCUACUGCUGGUCUACUGGGUUGCAUCUUUCUCCCCAAAUGCUACAUCAUUCUCUUGAAGCCACAUCUAAACACAAAAGAACAUCUGUCCAAGAGAACAGUUUAAUUGGUAUAUGCACACUCCAUCAGACAACAUUUUCAUGAAUCAUCUAAAGGGAAAAUCCCCAAAAAUUCAAUAUUGGUACCACAAUAAAAGACUUCCCCUUUA